AUGGCCACCGUUGCAAAGAUUCCAGUCAUCGAUAUCUCCGAUGACUCCCAAGACCAAGCCCAAGUGGCCAAGGAGCUGGUCGAGGCCGCUAUCGAACAUGGCUUCAUCUACAUAAAGAACACAGGCAAAGAUAUCCCCGCGGAGGAUGUCGAUGGUGCUUUCGAAUUGGCCAAGAAGCUGUUCAAGGAGACGCCCGUUGAGGAGAAGCAAGCAUGCACUAUUCAGAAGAAUAAUCGUGGUUGGUCAGCCAUGCACUACGAAACCCUCGACCCCAAGAACCAGCGUGUCGGCGACUUCAAAGAAGCCUUCAACUUCGGCGAACCCUCCCCCCAAGGCCUCCUCCAACAACCAAUCCCACCCACCAUCUCCUCCUCAUCCGCCUUCAUCACCGACUUCCACACCUCAUGCUACCGUCUCUCCCUCCGCCUCAACACCCUUUUGGGGAUAGGCCUCUCCGUCACUCCUCCCUCAUUCUUCACCUCCGCGCACUUACGCGAGAACGGUGCUUCGGGAACCAUCCUCCGAUUACUUUACUACCCUGCCCAGUCCUCUAUCACUUCAGAAGAAGGAGAAGAAAAGAGCGAUGGGGACGUCAGGGCAGGUGCACACUCUGAUUACGGCAGCCUUACUCUCUUGUUCCGACUGAAAGGCCAAGCAGGGUUGGAGAUUCAAACGAGAGAAGGGGAAUGGGUUCCCGUCCCGGUCUGCCCCCCGGGAACAGAGGAUGAUGCGCAGCCGCCUAUUUUGGUGAAUAUUGGGGAUUUGUUGAGUUAUUGGACUAAUGGCUUGUUGAGGAGUACGGUGCAUCGGGUUGUGUUUCCUGGUGCGGGGGCUGGUGCUUCAGAGGGAAGUAAUGGGAUGGUGGAGGGGGAAAGUGGCGAAGGGGAAAGGUAUAGUAUUGCGUUCUUUUGUCAUCCGGUGGGGACGAGCAAGUUGGAGCCGGUGCCUAGUGAGAGGGUUAGGAAGUUUGGGGAGGAAAAUGGACAGGUGAAGAAGAAUGGGGAGAGGAAGAUGUUGACUGCUGAUGAACAUUUGAUGUCGAGACUGCAGGCGAGCUAUCUGAAGUUGUAUGAGGAUGAGAAGAAGGAGUAA